GAAACUCCCGGGAACAUCCCCGGGGGACCCCCCGGCCCCUCUCCCCUCACCCCAAAUCCCCCAAAUCCCAUCCCAGCUUUCCCAGAUCCCAUCCCAACUUUCCCAGCUCCCGUCCCAGCUCCCGGCUCGUCCUCCCUCGCAGCCUCAGCCGCUUUCCCGACCUCCGUCCCGACCUCAUUCCCGGCCUCCAUCCCAACCCCGGCCGCCUUCGGAGCCGCCGCGCCCGGAGCCGCCCCCGGGGCUCUUCGGGGUCCCCCCGGCUCCGUUCCCGGAGCCCCCCGAGCAUUCCCAGUCCCCUCAUUCCCAGUCUUCCCAGCAUUCCCAAUCCCAGCAUUUCCCGCUGCCGGGGGGGAUGAAGGCGGCGGCGGCGGCGGCUCCGGCGCUGCUGCCUCCGGAACAUUCCCGGAGUUUUCCGCUGAUCCCGGCGCCUUUCCAGCCCUUGGCCGGUCCGGCGGCCACGCAGAAGGGUGGUCCGGAGAGAUUCCAGCAGGUGCCCCAGGGGCUGCUCCUGCAGCCGAAGCCGCCCUCGUCCAGCCCGGCCCCGUUCCCGGCUCCGGCCGCUCCCGUCCUGGUUCCGGCGGCUCCGGGAACGCCCGGCCCCGCCCUCGGAGCCGGUGCCGGCGGCAGCGCGGCCUCAG